GAUUAAUAUUCCAAUUAUUCUUAUCAUGAAAUGAACAUUUUCUGUCACUCGUGUAAUUCGGACUUUAAGUGUGUAAUGUACAGCGAAGAAGAAGAAGAACAAGUGAAUACGAGAGAGUAAAGAAAGAAAAUCAAUAUAUUCUUGUUAAGAAUUAACCUUUUUCAUCUUUUCCACUCUCCUCAUUUCUCUUUCUCCUCUUUCUUUGUCCAGUUUUAAUAUCGAUUUUUUUUCUCUUCUCUCUCUACCUCCCUCUCUUUCUCUCUCUAUCUUCCAUCAUGAUCUAGCUGCUUUAUUCUUCCCUCUCUUGUUAUCAAGCCGUCUUGUCUUUUUCCUUUUUCUGUCUUCAUUUCAUCUUCAUCUCUCUUUUUCUUUUUCUCUUCUCUUUCUUUUCCAUUACCAUGUCAAAGGUUUAUCCAUAUGAUGACCUGAGUGAAAGUAGAUUGUCAAUGAUCACCAACUAAUCUUCAGUUGACUGAGUUAAUCUCCUUCAGUCAAACUGUUUACUUUUCGGUCACUAUUGGUGUAGAUUUAAAUUUUCUUUAUUCUCUUACUUUUUCUCUCUCUUUUUCACUUCACUUUCUAUUUUCCUCUUUCUCUCUUUUCCCAAAGACUCUCUUUCUUUUUCUCACUCAUUCGCUGUCUCCGCUUCGGUUUCUUCCCUUGUGCUCUCUCUCUUUCUCUUUCUCUCUGUUGAUAUCCCUGUUUCUCAUUUAUUCUCAAUUUUAUAUUUUAUUGUGACUUCUGGUGAACAAUAAAUAUUGUUCAUUUCAUGAUAAGAAUAAUUGGAAUAUUAAUCGCACCAGUACCACAACCAGAACUCUAAUAGAGUAAAACCAAUGUGUCUACUUUAAUUGUGUUUUGUUCCUUUCCUUUGGUUUCAUUUUCUUCUUCUUCUUUUUAUCUGUUCUUUUUGUUCUUGUGCUUCUUGUGUAUAUUUUGUCCUCUAGGAAAAUGGAUGAGUCUCAGAUUCUAGAAUUUGAUGAAUUUGAUAAAAAUGGAAUCAAUAUGAAUGAUGAAAAUAACAACAGCCUGAUGAUUUCGACUACUACAUUUGACAACAACAACAACAACAAUAACAAUGAAGUUGAAAGUGAUAAUGUUGAAGAUUUAGCUGAUGUUAAUAAUAACAAUGACAAUGAUGAUGAUGACGAUGGUGAUGGUGAUGGUGAUGAAGAUGAUAAAGAUUAUGAUGAAGUAGAUGAAGUUGAAGAUGUUGAAGAUGAUGUCCAAGAUGGUGAGGAUAUCGAUGAUGGCGAUUGUAUCAUAGAUAAUGAUAUAAUCAUUAUGAACGAUCAACACGUUGACCACAUUGACCACAUUGACGACAACAUUGAACCAAUGGUUUGUGAAAGUACUCUGAAGGAAGAAGAGGAAGAAGAAGAAGAAGAAGAAGAAGAUGAAGAUAUGGACAAUCCUAUUGGUGAUAUUGUCGACAGUAUAAAUGAAAUAGAUUCAAAUUGUAUUAUCGGUGAUUUAGAGACUUUAAAUACAAUGACCGAUACGAUUACAAAUGCCGAUGAUAUUAUACUAAGCGAAAACAACGACAAUGAUGCCGAGGAUAACAUUGAGACGAUAAGAAACCAUGAAGAUGCUAAUGAAGAAAGAAAUGCUAAUGAAAAUGAGCCUUUUAGUAAUGAUCACAACUACUUGGAUAAUAUUACACCACCAAUAGAAGCUAGUUGCUCAAAACGUGAGCCAAAAUUAGUAGGAAAUUUUAUCAAUUCGAAUCUAAACAACAACAAUCAUAACAACAACAACAACAAUUCGAUGAAAUCAGAAAAUGGUAUAUUCCAAUCUAAUCAAGUUACUUUCGAGGAACAAUUUGCUAAUAUAUUUGAUGAAGAAGAAAUGGCCGAGGUUGAUUUCACUGGUGAAGACGAUUCGCAGCUAUUGAAUGUUGGAUAUUUUUGUAUUUUCUGCCCGGAAACAUUUAAAGAUCGAGAUGAGGCUCGUCGUCAUUACCAGAAGCAUGUCAACUAUUAUUCUAUGAUGUGUUCCUUGUGUGGUGAGGGUGCUACUGAUAUGCAAGAGUUUGUGAGGCAUCACAAAGAAUCACAUCCUGAAGCAAAGAAAGGACGUUACAAGAGAAGAGAACAGCCAAUUAUUGAUAAAUGGAUAAAUGGAUUUCUUUAUGCGCAAGCAACAAUUACCCGAGCCUUACCACCUCGAGAUCAUUGUCCAGUGUGUGAGAAAAUAUUCUCAGGGAGUCAGAUUGAAUCUGCGCGACCAAGGAAAAGUUCAUUUAGUCGUAAAAUUGAUCAUAUCCAUCGUCACCUUUGUUAUUUACCGUAUGAGUGUGUACGUUGUAAGGAGGAAGGUAAAGAAUAUUCUGUGGCUUAUUUCGAGAGCAAAGCAAACAAUCAUAUUAAAUUGAAACACCCAGAGAUUGAUGAUACUGAUUCUCGGUGGAUGAUUUUCCAGAAAACAAUAUCCAUCUCUAAAUUAGAUGAUUUUAUUGCCAAUUACUUGUCUAAAUUUGGAAUAACAAUGGAAUAUGAAAGACGUCCAACAAAGAAGUUGAUUCGAGAAAUGGUUGGUUCGCCAAAUGUCAAUGGAAAUGGAAUUGCAAUGAGUUGUAAUAGUAACAAUAUAACAACAAUUAAUCGUCAUAAUUAUGCUUUACCUUCACCACCAACGGAAACUUUACCCUCCAUUCUCACAAAUACAAAUAAAAACACAAACACAAAUACAAACACAAACACAAACAUCAAUACAAAUACAAAUACCACCUCAACUUUAUCUCAUACCAACACCAACACCAACAUGACAUCUACCUCCAGCUCCAAUAAUAAUAAUCACCAUAAUAAUAAUAAUGAUGAUAACAACAACAACAACAACAACAACAUGAACAACUCAAUUAAUGACAAUGGAGUUAUUGUAUUGGAUGACGAGGAAGAUAUUGAAGAUCAAUCUUUAGUUUGUUCGGAAGAACCGAUAGACAGCAAUUCCAUGAUAAUCUCUGUUUCACCUUCUCACGCGGAAUACAUUGAAUCUGGAAGAACGUCCAAUAAACGUCGACACUCAGAAGAAUAUUUUUGCCUUUUUUGUAAUGCCAAAUUCCCUUGUAAACUAGACGCCUAUCCACACUUCGGUGAACAUUUGGAGUACAAACCAGUUUUGUGUCUUCUUUGUGACAACAAGUUUCCCGAUACUGAUGCAUUUACUGUGCAUCACCAAGAGAAACAUCGGGAGGCAACUGAUCUAAUGUACGAGAUCCGUGAAGAUCAGAAUAUUGAACGAUGGGUGGAUGAAUUCCUGGAAUCUCAGAUAACACCGGUAUCAUCAAGUAGAUUGAGCCUCAACUGUUCCUGUGCAACUUGUUGCCCUGUUUGUGAGAAAUCGUUGCCUCGGAGAAGUCUAGUCGCCUCUGCGAGCACACCCUGUAACAGUCAUAAUGAUGUUUCCUUUGCUGAACACAUCCAUCAACAUUUGGCCUACAAUGCAUACGAGUGUACAUUUUGCAAGAAACUGGGUCACAGUACUCGUUUACCUAACCUUGACUCUGCUGCCCUGAAGCAUGUUCGUGAAAAUCAUUAUGUGCGUGAUGCUACAUUAUAUCAACUAAGUCGAGCCUUUCCAAAGACCCUUACGAUUGCAAAGUUGGAGCGUUUUAUUGCGGAAUCAGUGCAAAAACGUCGUCUCCUGGAAAAGAAAUGGCGAAUAUAUAAAAUAGAACAGAUAAAAAUGGAAAGAUUAAAAUUGCAGCAACAAAUGAACGCGGCGAGACUUUACCAACAUCAACAUCAAUUGCAAUAUCCACCACAAGCGAACGGCUUUGGAUUAUUAUUGAAUCACGAAAAUUCCCAUAGUUCUCAAAGGAAUAACAAUUUUCUCGUUCCUUUCAAGAAUAAUGUUAACCAUGUUCGAGUUGAAGGAGGUCGAGUUGUCAAUCUUCCAAGUCCUCUUUCGAUUAAAGCGAUUCAACAGAGAAACAACUUGAAAAGUAGUUUAAGUAAUCCAGGCAAUAGUAAUCUAAGUAAAAAUAACUAUUCUUUACAUGGUAACAGUACUAGUCACAAUACCAGUACCAGUACUAGUACUAGUAGUAGUAAUAGUAACAACACCAACAAUAAUAAUAGUAACAUGAAUAUCAACAGAAAUUCAUAUAAUCACCACCACCAGAAUCAGCAGCAAAACUUGCAUCAGAAUCAAUAUCGGCAAAAUCCUCAUAAUAACAUGAGUUCUGUUAUGAAUUUAUCAAUGAAAAGUAACAAUAACAAUGGAAAUGUCAUGAAUCAUAAAAAUAUUCAGAAUCAUCAACUUCAUCACCAACAUCAACAAAAUCAACGCCAACAUCCGACUCCUCAUUCUCAUCAUCAACAUCACACCAAUACCUUAACCAACAAUACGUCCUCAUCAUCUUCAUCUUCAGCAUUGUCAACUACAAACAACAAAAAUAAUAACAGAAACAGUAAUCAGCACAAUCAACAUCAUCACCAUCAUAAUCAACAGCAGCAGCAACAACAACAACAACUGCAACAACACCAACAACAGCAACUUCAGCACCAUCUUCAACAACAACUACAACAACAACAACAACAACAACACAAUCAACAUUUAAGUAAUAGUAAUCUUAAUAUUAACAGUGCAAGUAGUUUAAUGAUGAACAUGAUGAUGAACUUGAACAAUUUAAGUAAUUUAACAAACAUGAAUGCUAAUUUGAUGAAAAACAAUACAAUUGAUCUCACAAAUGAUGUGCCGAUAAAUGAUGAAGGCAAUUUAUCAGGAAUAUCAACAGGAGUGCGAUUCUAUGUCAAGUGCCUCCAUUGUAAUAUCGAGCUACCUAAUCGUAAACAGUUGAAAGUUCACCAUCGACAAGCACAUCCUGGACUAAACAUGGCCUGUUUUACCACACCCAAGCCAAUAAUUGCUUCUGAAGUCUCACCAUGAUUAAGGAACCUUCAGCUCACUUCAGCUCUCUAACUUUCUCUGCUUUUUUGUCUUUAUGUCUCUCAACAGAUCAAGACAUGAUUCUCACCUGUACAUUUGCAUGAAUUAAUCUCAAUGUAUCUCCUUUUCUCCCUCUCCCUCUCUCUUUCUCUUUUUUCUAUUAAUAUUUGCCUAAAUACGAUGAAUAUUAUUCAACGUAAAGCUAAAGGCGAAUCACCAUCCAUAUCAUUCACCUUAUUUAAAUUGAGAAAAACCUCACAAACCUCAUAUUUUCUCUCUCUCUCUCUCCCUUUCUCUUUCUUUCUUUCUUUCUUUUUCUCUUUCUUUUUGCUUUCUCUCUUUUUUCUUCUCUACUUCACUUUGUCUUUUCUUUUCUAAAUUCUUCUCUCUCUCUCUCUCUCUCUCUCUCUCUCUCUCUCUCUCUCUCUCUCUCUCUCUCUCUCCUCCUACUUCAGGUCUCUCGUUUCUCUUUUCUUUUUUCUCUCUUCGAUUCUUUUUCUCACAACACAAGCAAUUUUUUUUUCGUUCAUUUUCAUCUCUUCUCAUACUUUUUGCUUCUGAAGCCCCAUAAGAAUCUAUUACAUGUAACUUGCUUUUCUAUGUCAAAUUUGACACAAAAAAAAGAUGAAAAAAUAACUAUGAUAAUAUUGAAAGGGGUGGCACAAAAUCUAUAAAACAAACAAACUAUCCACACGAUAUAAUAUUAAUAUUAAUUAUAUAAUAUUAAAAGUUGCUUAAUCUAAGAA